AUGGACAGAUUCACAUGGUCAAAUGGUCUUCUGGAAAUGAAUGAAACGUUGGUGAUUCAACAACGAGGUGUCAAACUUUAUGACGGAGAAGACAAGGUAUGACGUUAACUAGCUCAUAUUGCCAGGCAAGGAAGACUGCUAGCUACCUAAAUUGGUAACGUUACAUGCUUAGCUAGCCAUCUAGCUAAAUGUGUUUUUAGGAAAUAGUGGAAUAAAUCUAGUUAACUAGCUAAACGGAAAUACAAUGACUUCACUAGUUGCAUGGGCGUGUUUUUGCCUUGCCAAACAUGUUUACGGGUUAUUGUUGAUGUUUACAACAGUGCUGUCAGACUAAAUACACAUUUCUGCCUGCCCCAUAUCUGACAAUUUGUUGUCCCUCUCUCGCUCUGUUUUUCCACAAGGCCAAGUUGGAUGUUGGAAUUGCUCUGCUGAGUACUCACCAGUUAAUAUGGAGGGACCUGAAGAAUAAUGUACAGUGACACUUUAUAUAUACAAUCUAUGGGUGACACCCACCACAGCUAUAUUAGCCAGUGUGAUCUUUGAUGCUUUUCUUGACCUUUUCCAUGUUCCUAAUAAGAUGGCCUAUAUUAUUUACUCUCUUAACACACACGUGUGUGUGUGUGUGUGUGUGUGUGUGUGUGUGUGUGUGUGUGUGUGUGUGUGUGUGUGUGUGUAGGAAUGCUGCAUAGCCAUACCCCUUUCUCAGAUCAUCUACUUUGAGGAACAAGCUGCGGGUAUCGGAAAGAGGUGA